UAAACAGUUGCAGCAGGUGUUCUCACACUCACUGCAGAGAAAGAAACUCUUCAGACGCUCCUUUAGGAGAGAAAGAGAUAAAGAUGGGAGGAGAAUCGACAAAACCAACUGUUCCUUCUACACACGCACACCAACUAAAAGUUGCUUGGAGGAAUGUAGAUCGGAGUGAAAAAGAGGGGAUAUUGAGAAACAUGGACUAUUUAAACCCAAGUUUGACACCCCUCAGGAUUCUGCUGUAUGGACCAGUUGGGGCAGGGAAGUCAUGCUUCAUAAACUCUGUUCAAAGGGCCCUCAUAGGCCGUAAUGUCAUUAAUGCUCUAGAAGGCUCAAUAACAAGUGAAAAAAGCUUCACUGCUUCAAUCAAAACGCACAAGAUGAAGAAGCGUAGAGGUGGAUAUUAUCCUUUUGUUUUCAGUGACAUCAUGGGACUUGAACUGGAUGGAGGAGGGAUACAAACUGAAGACAUCAUCAAAGUUUUAGAGGGGCAUAUUUUAGAUGGCUACACUUUUAAUCCCCGCAGACCUAUCUCUGAGAGAAACCAGAAGUACAACACCUACCCAAAUCCAUCUGAUAAAGUCCACUGUCUUGUGAGCAUUCUUCCUGCUGAUGCCAUCUCAAGAAUGGAUCAAUGUGUCAUUGAGAAAAUGAAGACAGUUCGAAAGAGAGCUUCUGAAUUGAACAUACCACAAGUCAUUGUGUUGACCAAAGUGGACAACGCAUGUGAGAUUGUCAACCGAGACAUGAGAAAACUUUACUACAGCAAAAGGAUCAAACAGAAGGUAGAGGAGAGCAGCAAUAAACUGGGCAUCCCCUGGAGCAACAUCUACCCUGUGAAGAACUAUCAUGCAGAGAUCACUGAAGAUGCCAAUGUUGAUGUUAUCAUCCUCAUGGCACUGAGGGACAUUGUCAACUUUGCCAACGACUACGUGAAGGAUCUGCAAGAAUCAAAUGACAACUGAAUCUCAAAACUAUACAAAGAUUCAAGAUUCACAUAUAGAUAAAAGGGGAAUUACACUGAUUCUCUGCAUUACUUUACGAUCUAUUACUUUAUUUUUGUCAUCAUUGACAUUAUGUAAGUUACUGUUGGUUCUGGCUUAACUUAGUAUACUAUCAAUUUGUUUGUAUCUUGUUUAUAGGUUAUUCAUUGAUUAUUUUUAUCUUUUUUAGGGGGUUCGUACUUCACAUACAUACAGGUAAUCACAAGUGCGAACUUAAUAGAGUGGAAACAAGUUGUUGAAAAUUCAGUCCAAUGCCUCAUGGCAGCUCAAAGUUGGGGGCAAUAGUGUGCUCUUCAACACUGUCCAAUGAGCAACAAGCCUGCUGUUAGCCCAUGGACCUUAUAUAAGCUGCACGGAUGAAAAGUCCCCCCCAAAAAAUUCCAAUGAAACAUGUAGAUAUGUGUUGUGUGUGCAAGGGAAAAGCAGUUCUAUUAGCUAACAAUAGCCAUUUGUCUGUAUUAUCAAGCUUACUGCGGAUGUUAAAAUAGCACAGACUAUUUUGAGGAUUUUAGGGUUGGGUUUUAAAGGUGUUGUAUCCUUCUUAGAAGCAGAU